GGAAUCUUCACUGAUGGCCGCACUUUCCACCCUCGCACAUUCCUCUCAACUGUUCAGCGAGUCUAUGAGCAUGUAUUCAUGCAGGGACCGGGAGAGAUGGACCUGCUUGAAACCGAAGCAUUUGCCAAGUUGCUUGUCUCGUGCACCAAGGUCCACAACAACGGCACAGUCCUCUGCCGACUUUUCAAAGACUUUGUCAUCAACCCAUCUACACCCCACAACCGGAUCAUCACCCAUGAUGACAAGGAGUGGCUGAUGAUCAGUUACCUCCAGCAGCCCUGA